AUGACUGCUCACGGCGAGAUAACUUACGCCUUACCCAGUCUGCUGAAAUCGGCUUACCAUGCGUGUAACGAGAUUCAGCGGGAAAUAUACGACGAGCUGGAUAUUCCAGACGUUGACUUGCAGAUUUGUUGCCAGUUGCUAUUACAAAUCAUAAAACUGAACACGGAGAGUGGUGCGUUCGAUUUGCUCGGUGACAGGCGAUCCAUGUUUGACAAGGUGCAACCUUUCAUUGAUGACUCUUCAAUCGAAAUCAUUUGCGAGAAGUCAGCGUAUUACGGGCACAUAGAUUGUUUGAAGUUGGCUCGCGAGAUUGGAGUUCCCUGGUCUCCCCCAUACUACUAUAACUCUCAUGGAUCGGCGUGCGACCAGGCUGCUAGCACGGGUAACUUAGAAUGCCUGAUAUACGCGCAUGAGAACGGUAGUCCCUGGAGCGGUCGGACGUGUCAGUCAGCUGCCUGUGACGGGCACUUGGAGUGUUUGAGGUAUUUACAUGAAAAUGGAUGUGCAUGGUACUCAAACACGUGUUCUGCUGCUGCGGAGUUCGGCCACCUAGACUGUCUGAAGUAUGCACAUGAAAAUGGAUGCCCAUGGGACUAUGGUACUUGUCUUUGGGCUGCGUUUAAAGGAAAUCUGGACUGUCUUAUUUAUGCGUAUGAAAAUAAUUUCCCACGGGACGAACACGUGUGUUAUAAUGCUGCAAAAGGUGGACACUUGAACUGCCUUAUGUACGCGCAUGAAUACGAAGAAGGUCCAUGGAGCGAACACGUGUGUUCGGCUGCUGCGGAGGGUGGGCACCUAGAGUGUCUAAGGUAUGCCCAUGAAAAUGGAUUCUGGUGGGAUGUUAACACGUGUGCUUCUGCUGCACUUGGUGGACAUUUAGAUUGUCUGAUUUAUGCGUAUGAAAAUGGAUGCUCUUGGGAACAACACACGUGUUCUUAUGCUGCAGAUAAUGGGCACCUAGCAUGUCUUAAGUUUGCUCAUGAGAAUGGAUGUCCAUGGAACAAAAAAACGUGUUCUAAUGCUGCGGAGGAGGGUCAUCUGGAAUGUCUAAAGUACGCACAUGAAAAUGGAUGUCGGUGGGACGAAAAAACGUGUUCUCUGGCGGCGAAAAAUGGUCACCUGAACUGUCUUAAGUAUGCUCAUGAGAAUGGAUGUCCAUGGAGCAAAAAAACGUGUUCUAAUGCUGCGGAGGGGGGUCAUCUGGAAUGUCUAAAGUACGCACAUGAAAAUGGAUGUCGGUGGGAUGAAAAAACGUGUUCUCUGGCGGCGAAAAAUGGUCACCUGAACUGUCUUAAGUAUGCUCAUGAGAAUGGAUGUCCGUGGACCAAAAAAACGUGUUCUAAUGCUGCGGAGGGGGGUCAUCUGGAAUGUCUAAAGUACGCACAUGAAAAUGGAUGUCGGUGGGACGAAAAAACGUGUUCUCUGGCUGCGAAAUAUGGUCACCUGAACUGUCUUAGGUAUGCUCAUGAGAAUGGAUGUAAAUGGGACGUACACAGUGCAAGUUUUGAUUCUGUGGAAUUUGGAAACAAGGACUGUCGUGAGUAUGCACUGAAGAAUGGAUACCCUAGAUUCAAGAAUUUAUCAGGGGUUUCUAAAGGAGAAAACCCAAGCUCAUCAAAAUAA